AUGGAUGAUUUAAUAAGACGGAGUUAUGAUAACUUGCGUCACAUGUACAAGUCGUGUUUUCUCUACCUUGGUGUCUUCCCUGAAGUCUUGGAGAUCCAAGUUUCAAAAUUGUUCCAAUUGUGGAUAGUGGAAGGCUUCAUUCCCCAAAUUGAGAAAGCAGGCAUGGAGGAAAUAGCAGAGCAAUCAAAAGCUGAAAAUCUUUUCCAUGAAUGUGACAUGGGGACGGUUUCAUCUUCCAGCCAUCGCCUAUUCUGCAUUAACUCUCAAUUUGCGAACUACAUUUCCAAUCAACAGCUUGCUCAGAAUCAAUCUCCUGGCGGUGAAAACCUACAAACUCUAUCUACCGUUUCACCUGAAAGUCUUACAAAAGAUGUGUUUAAAAGGGCUAAAAACCUUAAGAAGCUUGGCAUAUGUGGGAAGUUAAACAAUCUUGUGGAGGGCAAUGGCGAGUCUAGUUUGUCUGACAGUCUUUGCGAACUGGACUCCCUUGAAAAUUUGAAGCUAUAUGGUGAUGAUGUAAACUCCAAGCUGCUUACCCUUCCUCAGGCACACAAAUUCCCUCCAAGGCUGAGUCUGCACAACACAAGUCUAGAUUGGAAUUACAUGUCUAUACUGGGGAACCUUGGGAAUCUUGACGUGCUCACGUUGAAGGACUAUGCUUUUAAGGGAGAUUAUUGGAAGACUAAGCGAGGGGGUUUUCCUUCUCUGAAAGUUUCUUCAUUGGAGCUACGGAUUUAA